AUGGAGGGCAUGCUCUUCGAGCACGAAGCCAUCAAUCGCGAAGUCAGCACCCUCCACGAGCUGAUGGAGGAGGAAAAACGCGAAUUAGACAGCGUACGCGGCAGACGACGUUCGGGGACGCUGCGUGCCGAGGAUCACGAUGACAGCAAGUACGGAGGCGACGACGACGACGCGCAGAGUAUCACGACCCGCGUCGAGGACGAGGACGAGGAGCAGCUGGCGGCAGAGGAAGAAGAGGAGCGGCGGCAGCGGAGAGACGAGCUGGGUCGACCGAGAACACCGGAGCCUACAGGGAUGGGCAUGGACAACGAGGACAUCCACGGUGGAUCCAAAAUGCACCUUGACGUGCUCAACAUGCACUCACGAUCGCCGUCGCCCCCUCUACGAGAGCCUUUUGCUCUUCAGCCUUCGACAUCUUCCGUGUCCGAGGAGCGCCUCAAUGCCCUCGCCUCUCAGCUUGAACAGCUCGAAUCUGCGCUCAAGCUCUCGCGCACACUCCAAGCCCAGCAGGCUGCCGCACAGAGUAUCAUCUCCAUGCUCGAGUCCAAGAUCUCCUCGCUCGAGCCACUCGUCCAGGCGUCGCAGACUAAUAUACAGUCGCAUACCACCGAGUGGAGCGGCGUCCGUGAGGAAUGGGCUGAGGAGCGGGUGCGGAUCAGUAGGGCGCGUGAGGAUUGGGAGGUGCGCGUGCGGGCUGCCGAGGAGGGGUUUGACGGCGCCGUCACGAAGGUGGAUGCCGGGCUCGCGACGCUGCAGCAACACCAACUCAAGGUGAAUGGGAACGCGCGCCACGGUGUCAGGCUCGUCACACCCCUCAGUCCACGCAACAUCUCGUCUGACUCGGGCAAGCGCCAUCGGCGGAAACGAUCGACAAUCUCCCGAGGCCGAUCGCGUUCGCACUCGGCCGAGUCGAACAAGGACGACGGUGGGUACGCGAGCUCAUUCGAGGGCGUGACACUGCUCGAUGACAAGCGCCAGUCAGCUUCCAAAGCACGCACGCGCGUGCCCUGGGCGCAGGAUGAUUCGGAUUCGGACGUGCGUCGUGCAAGUGACGAUGCGAGGAUCAUGUCCUUGAAGCACUAUGCCAUCACCUCAGAGUCGUCGGUCCAGAAGGCAUCGAGAGGGUCCACGACGACGAUGACGACGGAAGAUGACGCUGCACAUGCCUCGUCUGCCGCCGCCGCCAAUCUGAAGGGCGCACACCUGGCGCCAAUGGUUCAACAUUUAGCACAGAUGUCGACGACGGUGGGCGUGCUCAUUCUAACCUGA